ACUUGCGUCCCUCUUCUCAAAUUCUCGUUCCUUUGCUUUGCGUUCGUCAUUUUGUUCCGUUCUCUCUUCUUUUCAAAAAUCCAAGCGAAGAAGGAGAAGAGUCCGUUGCUUCUCUUGUAUUUCUAUCUCUCGUUCUGCAAGAUCGAAGUUUGAGAGAGAGAGGCAGAAAUCUCGUUCCCGCUCUUCAAAUCGCUGAAAGAACGAAACAGAGAUCGAAAUCAUCGAAAAUAUUCUUCCUAAUCAGGAUUUGCAAAUGAUAAGAACUCGCAAUAUUGUGGCAAUGGUGAUGAAGGCCUUGUAUGUCGGCUCUUGAAGACAAUCGUGGAAGAUAAUUAUAAAAGAAGAAAAAAAAAAGUACUCAAAAGAGAUGUUCUCGCUGUUUUAUGGACUCUGGAACUAUCUCUUCAGCAAGACAGAGUUCCAUGUCCUUAUUCUUGGAAUCGAUAAAGCUGGAAAAACUACUUUGCUAGAGAAGUUGAAGACAUUGUACUCAAACUUGGAAGGGCUCCCCCCUGAUCGCAUCGUUCCAACGGUUGGGCUUAACAUUGGUCGGAUUGAAGGAACAAAGAACAAACUUGUGUUUUGGGACCUAGGAGGUCAGAUUGGUCUUCGCACGAUUUGGGAAAAAUAUUAUGAGGAGGCACAUGCCAUAAUUUAUGUAAUUGAUGCUUCUUGCCCGUCACGUUUUGAAGAUUCAAAGUCUGCUUUGGAGAAAGUACUUCGGCAUGAAGAUUUACGAGGAGCCCCGGUUUUGGUAUUGGCAAACAAGCAGGAUCUUUCUGGGGCUGUGUCGGCCGAAGAACUAGCUAGAUACUUGGAUCUCAAGGAGUUGGAUGAAAGGCUAUACAUGUUUGAAGCUGUUUCUGCAUAUGACGGGUCGGGAAUUAAAGAAGCCGUGGACUGGAUAGUAGAGGUCAUGGAGAGAAGUAAGCGCACAGAAACACUAAGGGUUCGUGCAGGUGGAUAUAGCCCAGUCCCAUCGUAGAAAAGACUAGACGCCACAUUAGCACCAGUUCAGAUUCCGAUACCUUUCUUCUGCUCGGAAUUCUAAUGGAGAAAAAGCAUUUGCUGUCGGCAAUCUACCCUGCUGCAUAUCGAAUUGCGGAUGUAAUUCUUGGACGAUUCAACCACAUAUGCCAUAUUUUAUUAGAAGUGUAUUCUCCCAAAAUCAGAAUACGGCUUGUAUGAUUUACAAGACAAUGCUGCCAUGAGUCAUUGCAACCUGAUGAGUUGUUUGGCUGGGCGAGGUCGCUGAUUCAAAAUCCGCUUACAUUUUGGUUGAUUUUA